UUCCACGUCAGACCAGGUCAGAUCGCAGCACUCAGCGUCCAGUUCAUAGCAAGGAUUUGUGCUUUGUAGACUGGAUUCCAUGGGUUACCCCAGAAGCAGAAACCAGCAAUGGGGCAAUGAGUAUUCCCAGAGUUCCUGGGAUGGCUGGAACUGGAGCAGCUGGAAAGACAGCCGGAGCUCUGACUGGAACUGGCGAGAUGCGGAUGACAACUGGCGAGACUCCAGGGAUCAAGGCCAGGCACCCAGCUCCCCAUCCAGGCAAAAGGGAAAGGGAGGCAAGGAUCGGUCAGAGAGGCAAGAGAGCUCCAGAGAUAAGGGCCAUGGAAAACAGACAAGGUACAAUGUUUGGAACGACACAGCCACAGAUUCUGCAGAUGCGCAGCGUGCCCAAAGUGAUGCAGCUGCAAAAAAUCGAAGUGGCAAAGGCAAAGGUACAAAGAGCGCCCCUGCUGUUUCAGAGGAGCGUCAGGAAGCUGUGAAAGAUGAUCCUGCGGAUGAACAUCCAAGCGCCCCCGGCUCCCUCAGCCCAGAGAAGGACAAGCCUCCAAGUCAGUCUGAUUUGCGUGAAUCAGAAGGAAAGGCUGCAGAGGAUGAAGUCCACGUUGAUGCAGAUGAUGAUGAUGAUGAUGAUGAUGAUGAUGAGUGGGAUGAAGAGCUGGAGGAUGCAGGUCAGGAAGAAGAGGAGGAAGAGGAGGCACAGGAGGAAGGCGAGGAAGAAGAACCUCGAGAAGAGGAUGAGGAGGUGGACAUUGAUGGUCUUGAGGAAGAGGAAGCAGAGGCGGAUGGCCAUGAGGAGGAGCCAGAUGAUGACGCCGAGGAGGAGGAGGACGUUGAUGAAGGCCACGAUGAGGAGGCAGAUGACUACAACGCCGAGGAUGAAGAGCAUGUUGAUGGUCAUGAGGACGAGGAGGCCGAGGAUGGUCAUGAGGAUGAGGCCGAGGAUGGUCAUAACGACGAGGAGGAUGGGCAAGAGGAUGAGCAAGCGGAUGAGGCAGACGAUGGCGAUGCCCCAGAGGAUGCAGAGCAGUUGGAGGAGGAGUACGCUGAAGAUGAAAGACCAGACGAUGAGCAUGACGAGCUAGAAAAUGAAGUGGAUGAAGUAGCCCAUGAAGUGGAUGAGCACGGCGACGAGCAGGCAGAGGAUGAAGAUCCGGAUGAGGGUCAGGACGAGGAAAUUGAAGGUGACGAGGAGGAAGUUGAUGAUGCUUAUGGCGAAGAGGAAGAGGAGGAGGAAUUGCAAGAAGAGGAGGAGGAGGAGGAAGAAGCAGAUGAUCAGGAGGAGGAAGAGGAAGAGGCUGAAGAAGAGGACGAGGAGGAAGAUGAAGAAGAAGAAGAAGACGAUGAAGAUCUUGCUAGUCCGAAAGGCAAGGGAAAGCUGAAAGGGAAGGAAAAAGGCAAAGGUAAGGGUGUGGGAAAAUCCAAGUCCAGAGAUGCAGACGAUGUUGAAGAUGAAAGUGAAGACGAUGAGGAUGAAGAUGAGGAAGAGCCUUCCCCGAAAGGAAAGGCCAAAGGCAAAGGGAAAGACAAAGGUAAAGAGAAAGGAAAGGAGAAGGGUAAAUCCAAGAGCAAGUAUGACACCGAUGAUGACGAGGACGAGGAAGACGACGAGUAUCCCCAGGACAAAGGUGCCAGAAAGGGGAAGGGCAAGGGCAAAAACAAAGGAGGGAAGGACAAAGGCAAGACAAAGUGGUGAACUUUUGCCAAUAUCUGGUUCCCUCGUGCGUUAGGCCAGCACGUUUCAAAGCCAUUAGCUAGCGACAAAA